AUGGCCAACCCCUUCGAGGGCUCCCCAGAGCCCAUCCCCGUCCCCGACCUCAACCGCCACUCCGGCAACUCGAUAGAGUCUGCCGCCGCUCCCUCCCUCCGCACCUCCUCCUCCCGCCGCGCCCUUCUCUCCUCCGCCGCCUUCGUCUCCUAUCCCUCCAUAUCCCACCGCUUUGCUGCCGCCACCAGCACCCCAGAGCUCUCCACCGCUUCCGAUUCGCCCUACCUCGGCAGCCGCCCUCUCUCGCUCGGAGACCAGUACACGCUCUCCCCCGACCCCGUCAAAUGGGGAACGCACAUUCUCCCCGAGGACAAGGAGGACGACGACGAGCUGCACCGGCCCGAGCCCGUCGUCAACGGCCGCCUCGUUGAGUACACCAGCCACGAUGGCAUCAUCAACCGUCGAGGCAUCAUCAACCUCGGCUCGCUUCUCGUCAUCGUCACCGGCAUCCUCACAUUAUUCGCGGGCUAUCCCGUCAUUACUGCGGUCACCUCCCCUCCCCUCAGCAACCUCGGCGCGUUCAAUCUCGGCGGAACAAACGGAUCCGGGCAGGUACCCGACAUUCGAGGACUCCGCGGCCCCAUCGACCCAGCCACGCCGGCUUCAGCCCGGAAGUCGACCUCGUGGCUAAACAGCGGAGAGGAGUUUGAGCUCGUCUUCUCGGACGAGUUCAACACCGACGGCCGCACCUUCUACCCCGGCGACGACCCGUAUUGGGAGGCUGUCGACCUUCAUUACUGGGCGACGAACAACCUCGAAUGGUACGACCCUGCAGCGAUCACGACAAAGGACGGGAGCCUUGUCAUCACCCUUUCGCAGAAGGACACCCAUGGCUUGAACUAUCAAGGAGGCAUGAUGUCGACGUGGAACAAGUUCUGUUACACAGGCGGAUACAUCGAGGCGAACGUAUCGCUACCAGGCGUGAACAACAUUCUUGGCCUGUGGCCUGCCAUCUGGACAAUGGGGAACUUGGGCCGGGCUGGGUAUGGUGCGACGUUGGAAGGCAUGUGGCCGUACACAUAUGAUACGUGCGAUGUGGGAACGGUCAAGAACCAGACUGUCAACGGGCAGCCGGAAGCCGCCACCGUGGACGGCGACACUGGCAAAGGGGGAGUCCUCUCCUUCCUACCGGGGCAGCGACUGUCGAGAUGCACCUGCCCGGGCGAGAGCCAUCCAGGACCGAAGCACUCGGACGGAACCUUCGUUGGCAGAGCUGCGCCUGAGAUUGACAUGUUCGAGGCACAAAUUACGGAAGGGACUUUAAUCGCACAGGUCUCUCAAAGUGCGCAGUGGGCGCCGUUCAACCACGCCUAUCAGUGGCUGAACACCAGCGCCAACGAGAUCAUUACCGACCCCUCGAUUUCAUCUCAGAACACGUUCACCGGCAGUGCAACACAACAAGCCACAUCUGUCGUAACCGAAACAGAUCCGAACUGUUAUGAAGGAGAUUUGGGAUGCUUCUCCAUAUACGGUUUUGAGUACAAGCCUGGCUUCCAAGACGGGUACAUCACUUGGAUAUCCAACAACAAGGUCUCAUGGACGCUCAUGGGCCCUGGUAUGGGCCCAGACUCGCUCGUGGAAAUUCAAGAACGACCGGUUCCCGGAGAGCCGAUGUACAUCAUCAUGAACCUCGGCAUGUCCUUCAACUUUGGCCCUGUCGACCUCUCUCACUUGCCGUUCCCCGUGCACAUGCGUGUGGAUUACAUUCGCGUGUAUCAGCCUGUGAACGCGAUCAACAUCGGCUGCGAUCCCCCGGACUACCCCACCGCGGCCUACAUCAACCAGUACAUCGAGGCCUACUCAAAUUGGAACCUCACCACAUGGGUGGACGACUUCCACCAGCCGUUCCCAAAGAACUCGUUCCUUGGGGAAUGCUGA